AUGUUUCGAGCGCAAGCGGCCGGGCCGUUUGACGAUGUCGUCGCCAAGGCGACCGACGAGAACCUCACUUCGGAAGACUGGGGCGCCAUCAUCGAGGUGUGCGACAAGGUCACCAGCGAUACCAGCGGACCCAAGGAGGCUGUUCAGAGCAUGAUUAAACGUCUUGCACAUCGGAAUGCGAAUGUACAGCUGUACACUUUGGAGCUUGCACACGCUCUAUGCCAGAACUGCGGCAAACCCAUGCACCGCGAAGUGUCUAGUCGAGCCUUUACCGACGCCCUUCUCAAGCUGGCAAAUGACCGAAACACCCAUUCCCAAGUCAAGGCCAAGAUCCUCGAGAAGAUGAAGGAGUGGACCGACAUGUUUAGCAGGGACGCCGAACUGGGAAUCAUGAACGACGCCUACUUCCGCCUCAAGCAGACAAACCCUACCUUGCAGGCACCCAGCGCGCCGCAGAAGCAGGGUCUCACAGAAGCGGAUAGACAAAAGGAGGAUGACGAACUCCAGAUGGCCUUGAAACUCAGCUUGCAGGACGAGGAGCGCAAGAAGACAACGGCACAGGCCGGUCCCAGCAACCAGAGCGGCACUGGCAAUCAGCAAUCAUCCUCCCCGGCUCCGGCAGUCCCGGCUGGCACCACGGCCGCGACUGUGAGCAGAGUGCGAGCUCUGUACGACUUUGUGCCGUCUGAGGCUGGUGAGCUCGAGUUCAAAAAGGGCGAUGUUAUUGCUGUGCUGGAAAGUGUCUACAAGGACUGGUGGCGAGGUUCUCUCAAGGGAAAGACUGGCAUCUUCCCACUCAACUAUGUGGAAAAGCUGACGGAUCCUACCCCGGAUGAGCUGCAGAGAGAGGCACAGAUGGAGGCGGAGGUGUUUGCGGAGAUUAAGAACGUGGAGAAACUGCUUACCUUGUUGAGUGCGUCGAACACGGCGCCUCGUGAGGAGGACAAUGAGGAGAUUUCGAAGCUAUACCACCAGACGUUGGCGAUUCGGCCGAAGCUCAUUAAGCUUAUUGAAAAGUACUCGCAAAAGAAGGACGACUUCACCCAGCUCAACGAAAAGUUCAUCAAGGCUCGACGAGACUACGAAGCCCUAUUGGAGUCGUCCAUGUCUCAUCCUCCUCAGCCCAACUAUCAGCAAUAUGCUAUGCGUCCCGGUCCUCCUGCCCAGGGUUAUCCUGCCGGCGGAUAUCAGGGACAGCCACCUCCACAAGAUCCUUACUACAACCAAGCUCCUCCCGCAGACCACCCCCACUACCAAGCUAGCUCUCCGCCACCAAACAACUUCCAACCUCAAGGCACUCCCGCGCCCUUCUACGUUGCAGGAGCUGAGGUUCCAUCCCACGCACCGUCUCAACCUCAGCAACCGCCCCAGCAAUACCCUCCAAGAGACGAUACCCCGAGCCUCGGACCCCCCGGCGGCAAGCAACCAGCUGCCGUAAACCCAUCGUCACCUCCACCGCAGACCUUCACCCCCUACUCUCACCCCCAGCAACCUCCUCCGCAAAACGCCGCUCCCUACGCCCAAGUUCCCAACCAGCAGCAGCAACAGCAGCGACCGCAAAGCACAUACGGCGCCCAAGAACUCGCCACCUCGGUGUACGACUCCCCCAUUGCACCGCACAAUCCCACCGCCGCGCCAUUUGGACAACAACAAUACCAGUCGUACAACCCGCCUGACCAGGCUCCUCCGCCGGCACCAACAGGCCAAGCUCCCCCUCCGCCUAAUUCAAUGUCCCCUGCGCCGUUGCAGCCAGGUGGUGCGGCGUACGAUGCUCGUCACGGAUUACCUAGCCAGGGGGCGCCAGUUGAUUCCCGUCCCCCACAGCCGCAGUAUAAGCCGUAUGUGCCGCCUGGGGAUGGGCCCUCGCCGAAUGAUUAUUACAGACAGGGUGGGAAUCCUUAUUAA